AUGAAUUGCCUUUCUAUCAACUUAAGGGAGGUGCGAAGCAACAGGAAAUCGGAUUGGAUUCGGGGGCUUAAGACCAGUUAUGGGAUUCAUUUUCUAGCGAUACAAGAAACCAAGUUGCAAGAUUCUGAGUCUUUUUUGUUUAAUAAAUUUUGGGGCAGGGUUGAGUAUAAGUUAGCGGCUGUGAAUUCGCAAGGAAGGUCAGGGGGUCUAGCUUGCUUAUGGAGCCCAGCAGUAUUCAGGUGUGUGAAUUUAAUUCAUAACAGAAAUUUUAUUGUCGUCUCAGGUAUCCUUCUACAAACAGGGUGUAGAAUCAACUUAAUCAACGUAUAUGCACCUAAUGAUGCGGCAAGUAGGCGUGCCGUCUGGUUGGAAAUGCUGGGGGUUAGGAACUCGUUGCAAGGGUUAUGGGUUGUAAUGGGGGACAUUAAUGAGGUGCGGAAUGCCAGUGAGCGUAUGAACUCAGAAUAUAUUGAAGCUAAUGCUGAUGCAUUCAAUCAUUUUAUCCUUUCGGCGGGUCUGGUGGAAUAUAAUAUGGGUGGGGGUAACUUUACGUAUAUAUCAGAUAAUGGCAGAAAGUUGAGCAAACUGGAUCGUUUCCUGGUCUGUUUAGGCUUUAUGGAGAAAUGGCCUAAUGCUUCGGUGAUUGCUUUAGACAGGGAAGUGUCAGAUCAUCGGCCUAUUAUCCUGUCUGCUAUCCAGUCAGAUUUUGGCCACAUCCCGUUUAUUUUUCAAUUCUUGGUUUGA